AUGCGUUUCUGGGGGAACUGGCUUUCGUUGAAGGGCGCGUUAGUCACGCUACUCCUUUCCAAUAGAGUAAAUGCGAUUACUUUGGAUAUCAGCGAUGAACAGUCUAUCAAAGAUGCUGCUGGUACCAGCGCCUAUGCUAUGAUGACCUACUACAAAGGCAACGAAACAGGUCACAUUCCUGGUGCCUUUGCGAGUAAAUGGUGGGAAGGAGCUGCUCUUUUCUUAGCUUUGCUCCAAUACUGGCAUUUCACGGGUGAUACUUCCUAUAAUGAUGAGUUGCGAGUCGGAUUAGAGUGGCAAGCUGGUGAUGGAGACUAUAUGCCUGCAAACUAUAGUAGUUACCUGGGAAAUGACGAUCAAAUGUUUUGGGGUCUUGCAGCUAUCACUGCUGCUGAAGUCAAGUUUGCUGAUUCUUCUACUGGAUACUCUUGGCUUGCACUUGCCCAGGGUGUCUUUAACACCCAGAUCGAGCGUUGGGAUACUACCACUUGCUCGGGCGGCAUGCGCUGGCAGAUCUGGUGGUGGGAGUCUGGUUAUACGAUGAAGAACUCCAUCGCCAACGGUGGAUUAUUUCAACUAGCUGCACGACUCUACCGUUACACAGGAGAUGAGACUUACGGCACAUGGGCUCGCAAGAUCUGGGAUUGGUCAGUGACCACUCCACUCCUAAGUAACUCCACCUGGAAUGUUGCCGACUCGACAGCUAUGGAGGACGGCUGCACAAGCCAGGGAAACACACAGUGGUCAUAUAACUACGGCACGUAUCUGAUGGGUGCCGCCUAUAUGUACAACUACACAAACGGCACAGAGCAGACGACAUGGGAAACGGCGGUCUCAGGCUUAUUGACAAAAACAUUCACCCAUUUUGCCCCGGACAGCAACGGUGGAAUUUUAGAAGAAGUCGUCUGUGAGCCCUCUGAGGCGUGCAACGACAACGAAAUUCUCUUUAAGGGACUUGUCUCUUCUUGGCUCUCCUUCACAGCCUUGAUUGUCCCGUCACUCUAUGAUACCAUUCUGCCAAAGCUGCAAACAUCCGCUACAGCAGCUGCUUUAUCUUGCACCGGUCACAGUAACAAUACUUGUGGCGUCCGCUGGUACAAGUCGGAAUAUGAUGGCUGGAUUGGCAUGGAAGAGGAAAUCAGCGCCACUAAUAUCUUUGUCGCCAAUAUGAUUGCUUUCAGCAAUGCUGCCCCUGUUACUUCAACAACGGGUGGAAACAGUACCAGUGACGCUACUGCUGGUCAGAAUGACACGAGUACGGUUAAGACUACGACAAAAGUUACUUCUGGCGAUCGAGCCGGUGCUGGCAUUCUAACAGUGCUUUUCGUGGCGGGCUGGGUUGGCAUCAUGGGUUGGACCGUCUUAGGAGGUUGA